CAACUCGGAGGUAACGCCUUCCUACAUGGGAGGGGGAUUUGAUUGGGCCUAUUUUUGAAAUUCGUUCCAACUACUACCCGUCUCACGGGACCUGUUUUCAACCCAAACUAAAUUUUCAGAAGGUUUGCGUGUGAGAAGAAAGUUGAUCCAAAUCAUGAAGUUGUUUAACCUUGGAACAACCCAAUACAAUGACUGGUUAUUACUUGGGGAUUAGCACAAAAUGUAUAAUUGGCACUGAUGAACGACAUCAACAAUGUGUAAUAACUAGGAUGUCUGUACAGAAUCAGUGUGAACGAUGAAAACAGGAAAAAUGGCGGAGGGGCGGUUACAGGCAUCAUUGGAGCAAUCGUUACAGUAUUCUCUGAUCAUAUCAGCUCUGGCUGCAGUCCUAUGGGGAUACUAUACAUGGUCCUUCAAGAAAAUGGUUGUUACCUAUGCUAUGGGGGUGCUCUGCACUCUUGUGGUAAUUAUACCAGACUGGACCUUCUUUGCACGCCAUCCUUCUGAAUGGGGUUUCCCCAUGCCUUCUGAUAAACAAAGCGCCAUUGCCCAGAAGGCCAGAUUCCACGCUCUCAAUCAUUCCCUCAAGUAUGCUCAAAGGUUCAAUUUUUAUCCAAUUCGGUUUAUUGGGUUUACACUUUCCUAUGGCUACAUUAUAUACAGUACUUGGAAGUAUAUGACGACUUAAUAAUGGCUGGUAAUUAUAUAGCACAAAGCUAUUUGGACAAUGUAGAAUGACCUUAACACUUCAGAGUCUAAUGUUCAUGCUCCAAGGAAAAGCAGGUAGAUAAAAGAACCUAUUUGAGUGACAACUUCUUCAGUGCUAUGUUAAGGCCUUCAGUGUACUACUUUGGAGAUAAUAGCAGAUGCAUUUAGAACAAAAUUGUCCUUUUUGGUCAGGAACAUGUUUUUUCUAUGUAGAGAUCAGUGGUUUAUUUUCUGAUGACUGAGAUCUUAAUGUUUUGUGAUGAAUGAAUUGUAUUUUAUUUCA